AUGACUCGUAUUAUCUCUUUGACUGCCCUUGUGGCUGCCCUGGUUGCUUCCAGCGCCGCCCGCCCGUCUCCCAAUACCCACGCGGUCCAUGAGAAGCGCGGUGCCAUCUCUUCUCGCUGGGCUAGCUCGCUGCGAGUCAGAUCUGAUGCCGAUGUCCACGUCAAGAUCGGCCUGAAGCAGAACAACCUUCACCGUGGCCAUGACAUGUUGAUGGAUGUUUCUCAACCCUCCUCCGACAACUAUGGCAACUUUUAUACCGAGGAUGAGAUCACCGAGAUAUUCGCUCCCACCGAUGACUCAGUCAAUGCCGUCAAGAGCUGGUUGACUAGCUCCGGCAUCCAUGACUUGCGCAUCACCCACUCCGACAACAAGGGCUGGUUGGCCUUCAUUGCCUCGGGUGAGGAGCUCGAGAGUCUGCUGCACACAGAUUUCUACGAGUACGAGGACUUGGAAACUGGCGACCGCAACAUUGCCACCGAGCAGUACCACGUGCCCAAGCACAUCCAAGAGCACGUCGACUACAUCACUCCUGGCAUCCGUUUCCCCUUCCUCAGAAACCCUGAGUUGGCCAAGGCUAAGCGAUCCAGCUCCUCGCGCAAGGUGUACAACACCUUCCAGAGCCGCCCUGCUCCUCCGGGUAAGAUCCAUGGUGCCAAGAACACCACCACUGGCUGUGACGAGGUCAUCACUCCGGACUGUGUCGCUGCCCUCUACCAGAUCCCCAAGCGCACCGACACCCCGUCCCCCAACAACUCCCUCGGCAUCUUCGAGGAAGGUGACUUCUACACCCAGGCCGACUUGGACAGCUUCUUCACCCGCUUCUCGUCCUACAAAAUCCCCAACGGCACUGCACCCACUCCUGCCUUCAUUGAUGGCGCCAAGGCCCCCGGGGACAUUGCUGGUGGUGAAUCCAACCUGGACUUCCAGCUUGCCUACCCCAUCGUCUACCCUCAGAAUAUCACCCUCUACCAGACUGAUGACUCCUACUACGCCGAGGGUUACGCUCAGGGUCUCUUCAACACUUUCCUUGAUGCCAUUGAUGGUUCUUACUGCACAUCUUGCUAUGCUGGCGAGUGCGGUAACUCCCCCAUCGACCCAGUCUACCCCAACAACAACACGUCCUCGGGGUACCAGGGCAAGCUCAUGUGCGGUACCUACAAGCCUACCAACGUCAUCUCCGUUUCGUACGGAGCUGCUGAGGACUAUGUCCCUCAGUCUUACUACGAGCGGCAAUGCAACGAGUUCAUGAAGCUUGGUCUCCGUGGUGUGUCCGUCUUCUUCUCUUCUGGUGACUCUGGUGUUGCUUCUCGCUCUGGCUGUCUCGGAAACGACAGCACCAUCUUUAACCCAGGCUGGCCCGCUAGCUGCCCUUACAUCACUUCUGUCGGUGCUACCAAGAUCCCUGCCAACCGCACUGCCUCGGACCCUGAAGUUGCUGCCAACGACCCAGCUGGCCACCCUUACUCUUCGGCCUACGCCACUGGUGGUGGCUUCAGUAACAUCUUCGGCAUCCCCGACUACCAAGCCGAUGCUGUUGCCAACUACUUCAAAAACCACAACCCCUCUUACCCUUACUACAACGGCAGCAUCCUUGGCGAGAACGGCGGAAUCUACAAUCGCUCGGGCCGCGGCUACCCUGACGUCUCUGCCAACGGUGACAACAUCGCCGUUGUCGUCCAGGGAGAGGACUCUCUGAGUGGUGGUACCUCCGCCUCUUCCCCCAUCUUCGCGUCGAUCGUCAACCGUAUCAUCGAUGAGCGUAUCGCCGCUGGCAAGCCUGGUCCUCUCGGAUUCUUGAACCCGAUCCUGUACCAGAACGCCGAUGCUUUCAACGACAUCACCGAGGGAACCAACUCUGGCUGUGGCACCGAUGGGUUCUCGACCGCGCCUGGCUGGGACCCUGUCACUGGAUUGGGUACUCCCAUCUACCCCAAGCUGAGGGAUGUCCUUCUCAAGGUCUAG